CUAAAUUUAAAAAGGUAGAGUAUUAAUUUGUUUGUGACGCAAAUUUAUUUUUACUUUUUCAAUUCCUAUAUUUUUCAUAUUUAGAAAUUAGCAUUAGCGUUUUGAAAAAAUUAUACGAUUGGUGUAUUUAGCAUUAGUCUUUUCAAAAUUAAUUUAUCCAAACCAGCCCGUCUGUAUUUCGAAGCUCCGAGAAGUGAGUUCGGAUCUCCUCUUCCCCAAUUGUUAGCCUUCGGAACUUGAUAUAUAUUGUGCAACCGGAAUGAGAGAUCGAAUCAGCGAGCUUCCAGAUGAUGUACUUGACCAUAUUUUGGGGCUAUUGCCGAUUCACGAAGCUGCUGGAACUGCGGUGUUGUCCACGGUUUGGAGGGAUGUUUGGUUAAGUCUUUCGCAUCUCAACUUUGAUCAAACAUUCUUCAUAUACAUUCGUAACCAUUACGUUGCGGAGGCAUCCUUUCUUGUGGUAAACAAAGUUCUCAUGAAGCACAUGGGGCCUGUUCGAAAAUUUGUCUUUGACUUUGGUUUUUGGAGAAGUUGCGAUAGGUUUCGGUUUCCCGACUUUGAUCAAUGGUUACUACUUUUCACGCAAAAUGGCGUUGAAGAAGUCUUCUUAUCUUUUGGGAAUGGCAGUGCAUAUAUACUGCCAGAUUGCAUGUUUUCUUGCCAAACAUUGAAGAAGUUGCAUCUUAAGGGUGUAUUCGUUGAACCCAUAAACGCCCCUUGCAUAUUCCCAAACGUGGUUUCGCUUCAUUUGGAAAACGCUCGGUUUGGUACUCCAAACCAUGUAGGUUGUUCUGCUGUGAAUCUUCCAAUGCUAGAGUGUCUCGCAUGUAAGAGGAUUUCUGAUUUUAACAUUACUGCCCCAAAGCUCAAAAGAUUACAAAUUAUUCCCUGGACCGAAAGUCCUAUUCUUCCACUUAAGUUAAGCUUGAAACCAAUUCGUCAUCUCCAACUCGGUACGAUUUGCCUCAAGAGUUUUGCCAAAGAAUUAAGCAGACUAGGACAGGACGGAACCGCAUUGAAUGUGGAACACCUGGAGCUACAAUUUUGCCCCCGUAAGGAUAAAGAGAUCUCUGCGUUCAUUCAUUUGGUAAGAAUGUGCCCAAAGCUAUGCAAACUUGAUGUAAAGUGUCACGGUGCAGAGUCUACUUCGAUAGAAGCCUUACUCAAACACCGAGACGAUAGUGUGGCUCAAACAUGCAAAGGGGUUCGCGCGUUGAACGUUUUCUGCUCAUUCAGAGGGUCGAUGCCCGAAAUGCAGUUCUUUGAGUGGCUCGUUACCCGUUUUCCAACACUCGAGAAGAUUGUCGUUUUUCAAACGAAACGGUAUUGCCCCAACACGGAGUUGAAAAACAAGCGGAAGUUUUUGCGCUUUCUCCGCUCCUCUUCAAAUGCAAAAAUGGAUUACAUUCAUCUCUAGAGAUUUUUUUUGUUGAAAUUGAUGAAUGCAUCUCCUCAUGAAGUGUUAAACAUUAUUACUAGCUCUCCAUUUUGGAUGAAUAUGAACACUUUACUUUGUAUGGAUGGAUGCCUUUACUGUUUCUGGACUAGCUGAAUUAAUUGAUGAAAAAUGCUUGGUUCACAAACAAAAUGUUCACAAAAUUCACAAACUUACUAUUUAUGAACUUCAAUAAAUAAAAUUAAAUAGUCUAAAAUCAUUUUAAAAUGCAAAUUUAAACCAUAAAUAGUAAGUUUGUGA